AUGGAAUCCGUCAUUUUUUUCGAUGAGCCACGUGUGAUUGCUACAUCUGUCGCAAAUCAUUUACGAGAACACCAUAAUUUAAAUACUAAAGAAGCCAAUAUCAUAGCCGCAGGCUUUGCUAAAUUUCCAGCUAUUGGUAAUAAUCUCGAUGAUAUUAUAGCAGCUGAGGAAAAGGGCGAAAGCCCUUUUCUAAAUAUUAUGGAUGGUUUUCGAUGCACCUUUCCCGGCUGUACUUAUGCUGGUACUAAACAUACAACAAUGCUUAAACAUAUAAGCAAACACCAAUGGUCUGGUAACACCACCAAAAUUAUUGAGAGUAAAAUCUGCAAUAUUUUCCCGUCCCGGAUGCGCUUCUUCCCCAUCCAUACUCCUACACCCAUAUCCCCCAAUAUCCAGUAUCUUAUGGAUCAAUACAACCAGCACCAGGCAAAUAGAGCCAAAAAUAUCACAAUUGCGCCAAUAAUGGAUCGCAUGACUGAAUGGGAUAAACGCGCCCCCUGGCCCCAGAUAUUUCAAGGUAUUAAUAUGGCAAGUCUCCAGCCUUUUCUAGACCCAGGAUCUUCAGACAUAUACGUCAACUCCAUCCUAGAUCAGGUCUUUGCCGUGGUGGCUACCCAGGAAGUAUAUAUCCGCCGUGUCGUCUAUUCCACAACACCAAAACUGGAAACAAAGCCCCUGAAAAUCCUCUCUGCUGCAACCAAGGCCAAGUAUAUCUCUGCCGCCCGAGACCUCAUCCGCGUAACUUUGGCAUGGGCCAAGAUUCCCAACAUCAUUCCUACCCUUUCCUUGCAUGACUCGGUCCUCAUUCCAGCCCAGGCUGGAAUAUCCCACAUGGAUACCCAGGCAGUCCAUGUGCUUUUCUCUAGCAUCUUUAAGAUGGAUGCAGAAUUUUCACAGUCGCCAAUUAUACUGCUAUUGGGUAUACGAAGCUGGGACUUUAAGGCUCAGCGCUGGCAUCCGCCCUCACAUAUUACACCACUAAUGUCGGCCCUUGUGUAUACCAUACGGGCUUUUAUUCUCUAUACCUCUCUAACUGGAUGCCAUGAUCUCUCCCGCAACGAAAGUAUUGCGGUUAUAAAGAGAGAAUGCAAGAAGUGGUUGGCGUGUGACGAACCAACAGUCUUUGGAGAGUUACUCUCCCUUAAACAACUCGCCCGGACAUUUGCCAAGAGUUAUUAUAAUAAGCCUAAUGUAUUGUGGGCUGACGAUUCAAUGAGCCUAACCUUUGAUGGUAUGGAUAUGGCAAUCACCGAUAUCAAACGAUUCAUACAUAAUACCAUUGAACGUUGUCGAGACGCGCUAUUGGCGGUUAGCUUUCAAGAUGAAGGUCAAUUCGCAAUGGACUUAACCCUCCAUUGCCCCACUCGAUAUACUGAUAAUUGGUCAUAUAUGGUGAGAGAUCAUGGACUUAUCGAGGCUUGUUGUCCCAAGCAGGAUACCUCAAUUCCUAGGCGGUACCUGUGUGAUGGCGUUGCUAAAACAAUUAAGCAAGCAUAUGCCGAGCUUUUCGAGGGAACCACUAUCCAAUCAAAGAAGGUAGACUUAUACCUGAAUAAAUGUGACGUCUUUAUCAACCACCUCGCCCUGGCGAUGGUCGUUACCUGUGGAAUGCCAAUGAGAGGCACCGAGCUGUCCGCCAUUAACUCUCAAAAUACUGGCAACCUUAGCCGCGGGCUAUUCAUCCAUGACGGAACCCUGGCUGUCAUUUGUGAUUACAACAAGACAGAGAGUGUCUCUGGGCACCCGGUUAUUAUCCUGCGGACUCUACCACAUUCCCUAGGAGCUAUGGUUAUUUAUUACCUCGCCCGGGUACGACCAUUUAUCAGUUUCAUCCGCGCAUUACAAUCCGGUCCGUCCCCCCUCGAAUACGAAGGCAGAGAGGCACUGCUAUUCAACGUACCAACAAAAAAUCUCCCCCUCUUCACGUCCGCCAUCUCCAAGACUAUGUCUAACGUGGCCAGCAACUACAUUGGCAAUAUUACACUAUCGCAAUGGCGACAUAUCGCCAUUGCAAUCGACAAACGGCAUCUACGGCGCAAUGAUAUAAAAGAUAUAUCCCACAUUCUACAGGCCGGGCAUACCCCAGACACUGAAGCCCGCCACUAUGCCCUUAGUUUCGAGUCUCUUGCUUCCCUAAGCGACGAGUCCCUGUCCGAAUUCAAAACGGCCAGUCAAACCUACCACACCUUCUUCGACCUCAACCCAUCUCGGCCACGUCCAAAAACAUUUCACAAUCCUGGACCCGCACCUACUCCGCCACCAAGUAAACGUCGGGCACACACACCAGAUAUACACACUCUUGCACCCAAUUCAAGCCACUCAGAUAUCGCUGCAAACCUCGCUCAUUCCAGCCCAGGCUGGAACCUUCCUACACCAAGCAGUAACAAUCACAAGAUGCAGCCAAUUUCGCCUGCACGCGAAGGGAUCAUGGAGGUGAUACCACAAAAUUUACAAGACCCAAUAAAUAUUGACACGUCACGUGAUGUAACAGCCGCGGACAUGGCUGAUGAAGGUCUUAAACGGCUAUAUGGACCAAAGGCGGAGUGGCGCUGUGAAUUACAACGCGAGGCUACAAUUCAUGCUAUUGGCACUGGUAGUCUCCUGGUGGUGAUGCCAACGGGCAUUGGCAAAAGCGUCAUCAUUUUUGUCAGUGCAAUAUUUAAUACCGGGAAGACUACUAUUGUCAUCUCCCCCUUUGUUGCACUGCGGCAGGAGCAAUUGUCUCGCGCAAAGGGCUCUGGUAUUGCCUCUGCUAUUUGGACUAAUCCUCAUGACGCGGCAAGGGCGGGUGUUAUAUUUAUUACACCCGAGGCUGCACUGCAAUUCUCAUUUAAGGCAUGGGCAAAGGCCUUGGCGUCAAAGGGUCAUUUGGCCCGGGUUGUUUUAGACGAAGCUCAUGUAUAUCUCUAUGAUAUCAAAUGGCGUGAGCAGCUUGCGGAAAUGGCAUGGAUGUCGGUCUUGGGGGCGCCCCUCCUAUUGCUAUCCGGCUCACUGCCGCCAAACGACGAGCCUAGAUUAAAGAAUGUCUUGAGGUACACGGAUAUGAGCAUCUUGAGGAUGUCUUGCCGGCGCGACAAUAUUCGGCGGGCUGUUAUCGUUUCCAAAACAACAACCGACGCACGGAAUGCCUUGUUGCCACUGGUUCGCCAGGGCACUAUCGUAUAUACCAUGAACAAAUCCGUGGCGGACGAGAUUGGGACAUUACUCGACUGCCCUGUUUUCCAUACUGGAAUUGCCUCUGAUCGUUGUCGGAGUAUAAUCGAUGGACUAGGUAAAGGAGAGAUUCAAGUGGUGGUUGCCACGUCGGGUCUUGGAACAGGCCUUGACUUUGGCCAUAUCAACAACGUCAUCCACUGGGAAGGUUCCUUUUCACUCAUUGAUCUAGCACAGUCUUCUUCUCGAGGAGGGCGACGCCCGGGCUCUCAGUCCCAUUCCACAAUUAUUACAACGGCUACCAAGGUGCUGCAACUUGGUACCAGCCGCGACAAAGAGCUCCAGAGGCUGGCGCGAUACAUGUCUAAUACCGAAUGUCUCAAUCUUGUCCUCGAUAGCUAUCUUGAUGGCCAUGCCUCCCCAUCCCAGAGGUACUGUGAAGUCCAUAAUUUACCGCCGUGCUCUGCCUGUAGUGGAAGACAGCCAAGUAUACCUACCACGCCGCCACUGCUAAUGCCCCCCCGCGCUACUAAAACCACAACCAAUACCACAUUUAUUGAUACAACCAUACUGCACAAAAUGUGUACUGCCCUCAACUCUGGGUGCAUCUGGUGCCAGCUCCACGACAAACCCUCCACCCAUACGAUGGACGUCUGCUUGGAUAAACCGGCAACUGGCGAUCUGCCUUUUAUCGCCGGCCGAAUUCGGAGACGACAUAAUUUUAAAGGCGGCCAUAUACAUUUUUCGUGUUACCUACCACUCAAGGCACCGUUUCACGGCGACUUCAUCAAUCUUCGUGAAAAGUGUCCUCAUGAUAUGCUGGUCAUUACCGUGGUAUUCUUUGCAUUCAGAAUCCCCCGUUAUCAGGCCCUUAUCGGCAUCAACAUGCCAGAGACGAGUGAGAUGGAAGAAUACCUUGCACUGCCCUGCCCUGAUGUAGUGCAAGGUUCGUUUUGGGCGUGGAGGAACAUUCAGCCUGUGAAGAUUAUCUUCGAAACCUGGAAGUGCACACUCACUUACGUCAACGCCCUCAUGUCCUACCAUAUAUUUCUUAUUUUUUAUACAUCUUAA